CAAAUUACUGUCAUAUAUCAUCGAAAAUAUUUCGAUGUUACAGCAUUGGCAAAUACCGUUGGGCCGGAGAUUCAGAUCGUUGAAAAUGUGGUUCGUGUUGAGGCUGUAUGGCGUGGAGGGUCUACAGGCACAUAUCAAAAAGCAGGUUCACUUGGCGGACUUGUUCGGGAAGCUCGUCAACCAGGAUCCGAGGUUUGAAGUCAUCACGGUCACCAUGGGACUGGUUUGCUUCCGAUUGAAGGGCAACAACGACUGGACGAAAAGCCUUUACGAGCGACUGAUGGCUAGCGGACAAAUCUAUCUGGUAACGACCACCGUCAGGUCGAAGUUGGUCAUACGGUUCGUGGUCUGCAGCCGACUGACGGAAGAGGUCGACGUGCAGUUCGCGUGGGACGAGAUACGCGGACAGGCCGACCGUGUGGACAGCGAACGCGACGUGGCGCCUGCGAGCAUUUGCAACGGCCUUCCAGGAGCAUGGCCAAAGGACAAGGUGGACUGCGAAGAACUCACCGCUGCCACCCCCAUCGUCGUCAAGUCCCUGACCCAAGGAUGAGCUACCUAUACGAUAAAUAUAUAUAGACAUAUAGUUAUCGUCUUCAUAAUAUAUAAUAUACCUUCAUUAGGUGUCGUUAUUAUUAAGAAUUAGGACGCACGAGUGAUUUUGAAAUGUGUACAUUAUUAUUAGUAUUAUUAUUAUCAUUAAUGUUAUUUGUUAUUAUAAUUAAUCCAUGUGUGCAAUCGUAUAGUGCUAAAAUAAGAAACCGAAAAACCAUCACGCUCCGACCAAAAGUUUAAUACCUACAUUUAGAAUACAUUUUCGAUACCUAAAUACGCAACCGAUAUUUGUUCGUAUUAUUCCGCGUGUAUUGUGCUAACUGUUAAUAAUAAUAUAUAGUUUAUAAUACUAUCCUCGAAAUCGUUAACGUCAUUUCGAUUCAUUCUUUGUAUUAGUUACUAUAUUUACGUAAAAAUAAUAAUAUUUAGGCAAUUGUUUUGUUCUGAAUUCAUUUGCUAUUAUUCCGUAUUCGAUGGGUGUAGGAAGCGUUAC